CCUCGCGGUUGUCUUUUAAAUAUUGAUUUGUCUCGCGAAUGGAGAUCGUGUGGCAAUCAUAAGUGUUAUUUUAAUAUGCAGCUUGGACAAGGAGAAUGUUAUAAAUAUGAAAAGGCUAUAAACAACGAAACAUAAAUACAAAUACUCUACUUUGCAAGCUUUAUGGCUUAUAGAUCUUGUAUCAAAAUGGACCAUAUAAUGAGUACAAUUGGAUAUGCAGAUACGAAGAUGAUAAGGUAUUCGUAUAUUGUUUACAGUUGCUAUUUUCAGGGAGUUACUUGGGACUUCCAGAAAUUUUGGCUAUUAUAAAAUUUAUAACAGACAUUUAAAUACAUUUUGAAAUGGAUUCCCCACCGUCAUGUUCACUCAGUGCUACCGGACCUUUGAGCGAUCUUGGUAGCAGUGGACUAGGGGGUUCCAUUUCUAGUGAUUCUGUACGUGCUCAUCUUGCUAUCGAGAUGCAAGAAAGCGAUAUAGAAAGCAAAUCUUUAUCACAAGAUUCCUUUGAUUAUUCAGAUGGUAUGUGUGGAGAAAAUUUUAAUACAUUAAAGAAGGGGCCAGGUUGGAAUGAUGCUGAUGGUAAAUUAGAGGUUGAGGUUGUCGAUGUUGCUAUUAAACCACCACCAGAAUUUCAAGAUAGUCCUUCACCAGCUGAUUCUGAAUCCUUUUCUGCACCCAUUCUUAGUUACGAACAAUUGUUGCAACAUAAGGUUCCACAAUGUAUAGAUGAAUUUGCAAAUAAUUUUGUACAGUCCAUUAUUGAAGAAGCAUUGGUUAUAUCUUGUAGAAUAUCAUGGCCAGAAGGAAGGAUAGUAACUGCUUCACAUCCUGUUCCUGUGGUAACACAUAACAUACAUAAUCCUAAACGCAUAUGGGCAACAGAUUUCCUGACACCUUCUUCUUGUCAAGGAACUACAACCAUUACGAUCACUCCAUAUAAUACUUUAAAUCGUCCAAAUUCACGAUGUUCUUUAGCUUCUUCACGUUUGUCCAGCUCGCAUAAUUCUAUAAAUACUACUGGAUUAAGUCAUAAAGCUGAUGACAGCAGUUUUAUAACUUCUGCUAUGUCUCAUGAUGUUUUAACAACAAGUGAAAUCAGUGAUAUGUAUAAUGUGCCCUUUGAUUCUGAUAUUUACACUGUACCGAUAGAUGUAAUCAGGCCAUUGCAUGAUCUUAAGACACCACAAAGGCCUAAGCGUCAUAGACAUCAUCGUAAGAGAAGAAGAAAUGUAUCUGCUAGUUCACAAAGUGAAUUAGAAACGCACAUUCAACAAGCCAGACAUUAUUGUGGAAAAUCUCGUGCUAUAACACAUGUUAUUAAGUCACAAAGACUGUUGGCUGAAAUGUGUUGCAAUGAAGCUGGGAAUGGAAAACGUCAUAGUGUUCCAGGUACCUCUGGUCGUCAUGGAUCUAGAAUAUCAAAUGGACAUACACAUAAUAUUGGAGAACCAAUUCAUAUGACAUUACAUGAAGUUCGGCAAUAUUUACAAACAUUGUAUUCAAGCUCCAGUGAUUCUAGUGAAAAUAAAAUUAAGCGUGAUAAAGCUCCCAUAGGUCAUACGCCUAUACAUCUUGCAAUGCCAAAAGGUGUUACUGUAAAUAAUAAUAAUAGAUAUAGUAAUACACAUACUGAUUCUUCAACUGACACACCAAUUUCUAAUAAGAGUAGUAAUGGACUGAUUCAUAAUAAUAAUAAUAAUAAUAAUAACAAUAUUAAUAAUAACAGUAAUAUUAAGAAGCACAAAAAGAAUUCAUUUGUCAGUAUUAAACAUAAGAAGGUAAGAGAAGAACCACAUAAAGAGAAGGGUGAUUCUGAAAGAGAUAAAAUAAAAAAGAGUCAACGAAACUUUUCAUUAAAUUUAAAACAAACACUUUGCAAUAUCUUUAGAUUCAGACGCUUGGGUUCACCUGAUCAUUUUGUAGAAAAAAGAAAUAGUAUUGUGCAGGGUGAAAUAGUCGAAGAAGAGGAAGGAGUUGAUUCUGAUCAACAUGCAAACAAUAACAAUACUACGUCGGAAGUAGAUGCAUCUGCACAAAAAAUGCCUUUUUUUAAACGUGCAUUACCACCUCUGCCAAAAACUAAUGGUCAAGUAGGAGUAGAACAAGCAGAAGAAGCGCUUACAGCUAUGGUAUCUAAAUCAGAAUCUCCUAAUUCCAUACAACAUAUGCCAACUUCUGCUCCUCGAUCUGAAGAAGAAACAGUGGAAGAUACAAGUAUGGAUUUUGCCGCUAGUAUUGAAAAAGUUAAAGACUAUGGCUGGUAUUGGGGACCUAUAUCAGGUGAAGCUGCAGAAAAAAUAUUGUCUAAUGAACCAGAUGGAUCUUUCAUUGUUAGAGACAGCAGUGAUGAUCACUACAUCUUUUCUUUAUCAUUUAGACUUAACAGUUGUGUGCGACAUGUUAGGAUAGAACAUGAUCAAGGUAAUUUUAGUUUUGGAAGUUGCACGAAGUUCAAAUCCCAUACAAUCGUCGAUUUCAUUGAAAAUGCAGUAGAGCACUCAAGAAGUGGGCGUUAUCUUUUCUUUCUUCAUCGACGACCAGUGUUGGGUCCAAUGAGAGUGCAAUUGUUACAUCCAGUAUCCAGAUUCAAACAAGUUCAAAGUUUACAGCAUACAUGUAGAUUUGUCAUUUUAAAGAUGGUACGCAGGGAUCUCAUCCCCACGUUGCCUUUACCUCGUCGCCUCAUCGAUUAUCUUAGCACGCCUCAUUACUACAGUGAACAAUUGGCUGAACAAGAUGAACGAGCAGAAUCUCCUGUUAGUUCUUCAACUGGUGAAUUGGAAAAGAUCUGUUUCACACCGCAAGGCCUAUCGUGAGGUACAAAUAUGUAAUCUUACUUUUCAUCUUGGUGUGUAUAUGCCAAAUGUUUAGUGCUAACAAAGAGACUUAAGACAAUGUUAUCUUGUGCAAGAAACAUAAGUAUUAUAAAUUAGGAGUUGCCGGUAAGGGUAAUUGAAGUAUGCUUCAUCGUUUACAUCUGUGAUUAUUGUUUUUACAAUUUUGGUGUAUGACUUUAUAAGUGGAUAUUGUGAUUAAGGAAUGUUCAUGUAUACUGCAUAUUGACCUUCAAUUUUCUAAUAUCGAAACAAUUUUCAUUUGUAUUGAAAGGUAGUAAAUGUUCUCUGUAUGAAUUUAUAGAAAAUAAUUUAUACAAUUAUUUAUGAUUAAAAAUAAUAGAGGAAAAUUACAGAGUACUAUAGAAAGACUACAUAUAGCCUAUAAGACGCGUAAGAUGCGAUGUGAUCAGCAUCAAUCUUUUAAAAAGUAAUUUUGAUCUCAAAUUGGCAACAACAUUAGUACAUUAAAUGUACGUAAUUGGGCUGUCAGAUGAUUGUUAAAUUUAUUAUAAUUUAUCUAUGAUAGUGCUCAUUUUUCAUUUUGAUUAGCAAACUUAUAAAAUUAGUAUGGCCAAUUUCGUAUAAUGAUUUAUGUUUAAGUUCCUUUUUUUGUCAUCUAUGAUAGUUAUCUAAGAUAACAUUACAUACGAUAUAAUAAGUGCACAAUAUUUAUUUAUAAUAACAGAUCGAUGAUUUGAUGAUAACUCCUCCUUUCGUGCCAUAUUUCAAUCCUACCUUCCAGUCUAAAGGGUUUUAACUUAAGAGUAAUAGAAUUUCAUUGGCUAAGCAAUAUACAUUUUCAAGUAUAUAGAUAUAUGCAAAGAGCAUAUUUUAUGGAAAAACUUGAAACAUAUUUCUUUUUUUGGAUUAUUUCAUUUUUUGAAAUAAUCAUCUAUGUACAGUUGAUUACAGAAUUCCGAUUACGAUACAUGUACAAGCUAUUAUAUAACAUUUUAGAUCAAUACUAUGUUAUAACGUUUCUCGAGAUAUGUUAUGUCAUGAAGUCAACUGGGGAAAAAAAAAGAAAAAAGAAAGAAAAAGAAAAAAAAAUGUGCUUCAGACUUUUCAAAAGAUAUUCUCAAGAUUUACAAACGAAAUAACUUAAUGAGAAAAA